AUGGUGCUUCUGAGAUCCCUCUGCCGAACCGCAACGGCGGCCUCCGUCGCUGCGCUCCGAUCAUCGAGAUCCGCCGCUUCUAAUCAGCUACUGCGCAAUCGUUUCCUCACCACGCGAGGAUUCUUCGCUGUUCCUUCAUUUCCUUCCAAUCAAACUCCUUAUGAUUGUAGGUAUUCCCGUGCAAUGGAUAUCGGAAUGGUGCGAAACUUCAGCGAAGAUGUGUCUCACAUGCCUGAAAUGAAAGACGCUGACGUUCUGAAUGCUUUCAAAGAAUUGAUGGCUGCAGAUUGGGCAGAGCUACCUUCUUCUGUUGUUCACGACGCCAAAAACGCAGUUUCGAAAAACACUGAUGACAAGACAGGGCAAGAGGCCUUAAAGAAUGUGUUCCGAGCAGCUGAAGCUGUAGAGGAAUUCGGUGGGAUUCUCACCUCCAUUAAAAUGGAAAUCGAUGAUAGCAUUGGAAUGAGUGGGGAGAAUGUGAAGACCUUACCUGACGAUAUAGCCAAGGCGCUGCGUACUGCUUAUCAGAGGUACGCUGAAUACUUGGAUGCCUUUGGACCUGAAGAAGUUUACUUGAAGAAGAAGGUUGAGAUGGAGUUGGGGACAAAGAUGAUCCACUUGAAGAUGAGAUGCAGCGGGCUUGGUUCUGAAUGGGGAAAGGUUACUGUUCUUGGCACCUCAGGACUCUCAGGAUCUUACGUUGAGCAAAGGUCAUAA